AUGGUAUGGUGCGCUAAUCGCGGUAGGAGGCUGCAUUUGGGAUUUUGGACAGCCUACCAAUGCCACCUGAUAGCCACCCACCCAGCUAGGAACUUGUCCCUCUGCCACAUACUAGGAGAUUUCGUGCGCAAUAACAUCAUCAUCAAAGAGGCAGAAGACCUAUCUCCGAUGUACAUGGUCGACGCUCCUGGCCUGUUCGAUAUACCCUUCUUCGUCCGCACCAACUUGGUAUACUACAGAGAAGGAGUGCCCCAAUUCUACCCGAUGGGAGAAGCUCCUGGUGGAAGGGCACAACAGGUCCAAGAGGGGCAAGCUGGGCAGAUCGACCAAGCGCAAAGGCUGAGGCAAGAAAAUCUGGAGAGGGCAGUAACUGAGCUAGCGGAGGAGAAUAGACAAUCACGGGCAGAGAUGGCGAAGCUGACAACCCUAAUGGAGAGUAUCCUAAAAGAAUUGGCGAGAGGAAAGGCAAGCACUGGAGCUGGAACAAGUGGACAUGGAGGACAGGAAGAAGAAACCACCGGACCUGAGGAAGAAGAAGGUGAUGAACAAGAGGAGGAAGAUGACAACCAACCGGAACCCACUGAAGAAGAACCAAAGGAACCACCUGCACAGACCCCUGCGCCAAGGAGGAGCAGGAGGAACGUCUGA